GAAACUCGCAGACCCUGCUUGGUGAGUAGCGGAGAGGUUAGAGAAUCCGUUUCGCUCAACGAACUCGUUAAUCCUAAGGCGUCGUGGUCCGCCGCGUGCUCGUGGUUGCCGUAUGGCAUUCCCGGAGCCAUCCCAUUAAUGUGGUGCUGAUUGCCGGCCCGGCCUACGUCGUGUGUAUGCGAUGAGCGCCCACGGUGGAAUAUAUUGAACUCGUUUGCCCGGGGCGGUGGCUGGAAGACAUAGUCGAUUAGCUCGCGCCGCCUAUACCGCCGCCACAAUGUGCUCGCAAAGUGCUCAGGUCGUAGUCUCAUGCUCAUGGAGUCCUGCGCCGAAGCAGUAGCAUUGCCCUUCGUGGAAACUCUACGCGUAUCCUUGGUUACCCUACUAUUGCGUCGCUCUGCCUUUUUACCUGCGUCUCUGUGCUUUGUGUCAUCCUGAGUUGGUGAUGCUGGUUUGUUUUCAACAGACGAGUGCUCCAGAUUCUCCCGCGAUGGUGCGCCCGUACUGCUGCCCUCUUUUGAGAAUGCGCCAAAAACUCGAGGAAAAUUUUCUUCGUCUCCUUGUUCCGCUUGUAGCAAAUGCCGGCUUAGGAGGUGGUCACUUUUUGACCCUGGAGACAGCGCUUUCGGGCGUCCUGGAUCCGUUUCAAACGAGGACGAGACAUGGUCAAUGUGAUGCGAGCCAUCGAAAGGGGUUGUUCUCUCAUUUUCGGAUGCUGAUGAAGGACGACUCUGCUGGCCAUGUGCUUCUGGACUGCUGUGCCCUCCUCCGGGUGUAGUCAUGAGGUAAUUCUUGUGAAAAAUGUCGGCGAAAUUUCCAUUCAAGCGAUACAGAGAAUAUUCGUGGAUCGGGUCGAUCAUGAUGAUGCAGCCAUUGAAAACGAGUUGCCUCAAGACGAGGUCGAUGUUGUCCAGUUCGCAAAAAGACAGGGCAGCAAUUUCCGCAACAUUAUUGACUCCGUCGAUGUGAGGUAACACUUCACGCAGUGUCAAGUCCAUCUGCGCUAUACUUCCAAACAUUACCUGAAAAUUGAGACGACCAGGCAUUUUGAAGUCCAAGUGCAGCACCUUUCCUUUUAGUGUAGUAGAAAAUAGCCAGAAGUUGAUAGAUAAUAGUUGAAUUUAGAAGCUGCUGCCGUAUCGUGCGCGUAACGUAGAGUCACAUUGGUCAUUACGAAGGAGCGAACCCAGUUGUAAGAAUUCAACUAUCUAUUUACCUGCGGUAACGGCUCUGCUAUGAAGACAGGCACUUUGCUCUCGUCGACGUGAGGGAAGCUGAGGUGGUGCGCUACGUAUCUAUGACGACCUCUACUUCCGAAUGCUUCGUAAUGUGGUCUCCAGGUGUGAACGAUGCAGCAUUUCGGAACCCUGAGUGACAUAUGCUUCAGCAUCUGUAGCUCGUAACCCUGCGUCAGGCCAUAGCAACCAG